CCCUGCCCAUGAGGGCCUGAUGGAAAACACAAAGGAUCUGACUGAACAUCCUUCAAGGUCAGAAAGGAAGAGACGUGAUUCAUUCGGGAUGUUCGAUGGCUAUGAUAGCUGCAGUGAGGAUACAAGUAGUAGUUCUAGUUCUGAUGAAAGUGAAGAAGAGGUUUCUCCCUUACCUUCCAAUCUCCCAAUAAUCAAGAACAAUGGGCAGGUUUACACUUAUCCAGAUGGCAAAUCUGGCAUGGCUACCUGUGAAAUGUGCGGGAUGGUUGGUGUCAGAGAUGCCUUUUACUCCAAGACCAAGCGCUUCUGCAGUGUUUCCUGCUCAAGAAGCUACUCAUCGAACUCUAAGAAGGCCAGCAUUCUGGCCAGACUUCAGGGAAAACCUCCCACUAAGAAGGCUAAAGUGUUACAAAAACAACCUUUAGUUGCUAAAUUAGCUGCAUAUGCUCAAUACCAAGCAACGGUACAGAACCAGUCCAAGACUAAAACAGCAUCUGUUCCAAUGGAAGGUUUCAGUUGGGGCAACUAUAUCAAUAGCAAUAGUUUCACAGCAGCUCCUGUGAAUUGUUUUAAACAUGCACCUAUGGGGACAUGCUGGGGUGAUAUCUCAGAAGGUGUGCGUGUGGAAGUCCCUAACACAGAUUGCAGCCUACCUACCAAAGUCUUCUGGAUUGCUGGGAUUUUGAAAUUAGCAGGUUACAAUGCUUUAUUAAGAUAUGAAGGCUUUGAAGGUGAUUCAAAUCUUGACUUCUGGUGUAACAUCUGUGGACCUGAUAUCCAUCCAGUUGGUUGGUGUGCAACCAGUGGGAAACCUCUAGUUCCACCACGAUCCAUUCAACACAAAUAUACAAAUUGGAAAGCUUUUCUGGUAAAAAGACUCACCGGUGCCAAAACUCUUCCUCCUGACUUCUCUCAGAAGGUAUCUGAAAGUAUGCAGUAUCCUUUCAAGCCUUCUAUGAGAGUAGAAGUUGUCGAUAAAACACACCUCUGCCGAACACGGAUAGCAGUUGUUGACAGUGUGAUUGGAGGCAGGUUAAGAUUAGUGUAUGAAGAAAGUGAGGACAAAACAGAUGACUUCUGGUGCCAUAUGUACAGCCCACUCAUUCAUCCUAUUGGUUGGUCUCGGAGUAUAGGACAUCGAUUCAAAAGAUCUGAUAUUACCAAGAAGCAAGAUGGUCACGUUGAUGCACCCCCACAAUUAUUUGCUAAGGUAAAAGAAGCUGAGUCCAGUGGAGAAUGGUUCAAAGAGGGGAUGAAAUUGGAAGCCAUAGAUCCGUUAAAUCUUUCUGCUAUAUGUGUGGCAACAAUUAGAAAGGUAUUAGCAGAUGGAUAUCUUAUGAUUGGGAUUGAUGGAUCUGAGGCAGCUGAUGGGUCUGACUGGUUUUGUUACCAUGCAACCUCCCCUUCUAUAUUCCCUGUUGGUUUCUGUGAAAUUAACACGAUAGAACUAACUCCACCCCGAGGUUAUGCAAAGCUACCUUUCAAAUGGUUUGACUACCUCAGGGAAACAGGUUCAGUAGCAGCCCCUGUCAAAUUCUUUAACAAGGAAGUUCCAAACCAUGGGUUUCACGUUGCAAUGAAACUGGAAGCUGUGGAUCUCAUGGAACCUCGUUUAGUAUGCGUGGCCACAGUAACUCGCAUAAUCCAUCGUCUGCUGAGGAUACAUUUUGAUGGCUGGGAGGAUGAAUAUGAUCAGUGGGUAGACUGUGAAUCACCUGACCUCUAUCCUGUAGGGUGGUGUCAGAUAACAGGUUACCAGCUACAGCCUCCUGCAUCACAGUCUUCAAGAGAUAGCCAAUCAAGUUCAUCAAAGCAGAAGAAAAAGUCUAAAUCACAGCAGUACAAAGGACACAAGAAAAUAUCUUCACUGCAGCUGAAAGAGGAAUUGAUAGAUGGAGAGGAAUACAGCUUUCUUCAAGGAGCUUCUGAUCAGGAAAGCAAUGGAUCAGCCAGCCAGUACAUCAAGCAAGAACCCUAAGGGUAAAUCUGAACAGGAUGGUACAAAACAAGACUUCCUUAAGACUGAUGUUCCCAUUCAGAUGUUACCAUUUGAUGGCUUCUACUAAGGGCACUUUGCUAACUGCGGUUAAGAUUUCAAUUCAGAAUUUUUGGAGGACAAGAAAACUAUUUUAGUGGGGGGAAAAGAAUUUUCAAUUUAUUAAAAAUUGACAUGUUUGUGUUGUAUUUGAAGCUUUUGAAAG